AUGUAUCAUCCAUCGAUGUGGCAUCCUAUUGAUAUGGCUGCAGCAUUUCGUUCCAUGCGUCAACCAACAUCGCCAAACAUAAGUCCGGAGAAAAGUUCUGUAUCAGGUUUUAAUGCAGCAUUUUCAGUAAAUACACUUCUUAAUCAAUCGUCGUCGGAUCAAUUGCGUAUACCGUCGAUAACAGCCGCUCAUCAGCAUCAGCUAUUUUCCAGUCUUUUUCAACAUUAUCCGUAUGCAACUGCAGCAUUUCGUCCUCUAUUCAAUGGCACGAGCAAUAAUUCGCCAUUCGAAUCAUCGGCAUUUUUACCGGCUGGAAAACGCUUUAAAAAUGAAUCACACGAUGAAAAUCAUUGUGAAACAACAUCAAAUAACGAUGAAAGUCUUGGAAAGAAUACAGACAAUCGUUGCCGAUCAUCCACCAUUGAUUUACAAAAUCCACAAUGUCCCAUUUGUCAAGUAUCAUUAAAUGCACAAGAUUUAAUUACACAUGUUCAACAUGAACUCGAUACUAUUAAACGCCGGCAAAUAUUAAAAUCGAAACGAGACAAUAAAGCUUUUCCAGAAAAUAAUCUCGAUCAAACAUUCAAAACACGAUAUGAAACUUUUUUACGAGUACGAACCAGUCGACAACAACGACUAAAUGCUCGAUUACAAUUGCAUCAUCGUCGAUCGAUUCGUAAUGAUACACGAAAUUGUCCCAUAUGUUAUCAAUCGAUUCGUAUUGGUUCGGACGACGAAUAUCUUUUUACUCAUGUUCAACAAUGUUCAAGAAAGAGAGAACAAUUAGCCGCAGUCGCUGCACUAACCAAUCAUCAUCGUUUAUCAUCAGUCGAAGAUCCCGACGUGAACGUUGUUGAUGUCGACGAUGACAUUGAACGUGAAGAAAAAAGUACAAGUGGCACGACGAGUCUUAGUUGUCAAGAAUCGUUUAACAGUGAUCAACGAUAUUCUCCGUCAACUCAAACGGAUAUCUCAUACACAAAAUCGCCUAAUGUUCCGGAUCUCGAUCCACCAAAAUGUGUUGUUUGUAUGGAAUCAUGUGUUAAACUGUGUGUAUCAAUAAAUUGUUGGCAUAUUAAUUGUGAAGAAUGUUGGAUAAAGUCUCUCAAUGAAAAAAAAGCUUGUCCGCAAUGUAAUCUACCAGCAACAUUCGAUAAUCUGCGAAGAAUCCUUGUCAAUGAAGUAUCGAAAUAA